AUGUUCAAACAUAUUUACACCAAAUAUCUAGGUGAAUCGUUUGCAUCGCAGACGUCUCCUUUUAUGGAGAAUCGCCCAGUCAGUAAUCUCGAACGCUUAGUUUAUGCUGUUGAUUUAACGCUUCAAAACAUUCAUCGGAGAGGCGAGGAGGACCAUCCCCUCUGGAAUGUACAAGGGGUCUAUCUACUUGCGGAUGAAUACGACGCUUGCGCCAACGAUUAUAUGGAUCCGCACAAUCCAAAGUUAUGGUCCGAUGCCGCACCCUCUCGCCUCUUGAAGGCAUUCUGGGCCAGUGUCAAAGCUAGCCAGAAGUGGCUUUACGGUAUUCAAAAGAUAUACAUCACUGGCGUCACGCCUCUGCUUUUAAGCGACCUUGUCAGCGGUGCGAACAACCAAGAAAACGUCUCUUUCAGUCCAUUAUUUUCAACCAUUUCCGGAUUAACUCGAUCCGACGUGCUAGAAGCGCUGAGGGUCAUCUGCAACAAUGAGGGAGAGGUGCAAAAGCACCUGAGGGAAUUGGAACACAACGCCAAUGGCUAUCAUUUCUGCGAUGAACAGAGUGUAGAGCCGGUGUUCAAUACCCACACUGCUCUUUCAUAUCUUGAAGUGAGUAACAGUCCAGGUUUUGUCGAUCUCCUCAUUACAGACAAUAAAAACCUCUACACCCUCAUGGAGUUCAAGAACAUCCAAAUCCCCUACCUAAGACUUGGCGGAGAAGACAGCAUUGAAAAAGCGAAAAGACUCGAGGAUAUGUAG